AUGAAGGGCGAGGGCAGGAUCUCGAAUCCGGUGGCAAACGGCAGGGACGCUGGAGGCCACGGGUGGAAGCUGGCAAGCUGCGGCCCGGACGCUGCAGCCCGCGGCUGGCGGCUGGCAAGCAGCGGGGACGCUAGAGACCGCGGUGGCAAGCUGCGGGGGCGGCCGGGACGCUGCGUGCCUGAUGGCUGGCGCCUGGCAAGCGGCGGGGUGCUGGAGAUUAGGGUUUUUGGCAAGUGGCCGGGACGCUGCGUGCCUGAUGGCUAUGUAAGGUCAAUGAGAUCAACGACCUUGUUGAGCACGGUAAAGGUCCACAACGUCUCACUUAAAGCAUCAGAGCAAGAUAUUAGUGAGUUCUUCUCAUUUUUUGGUGAGAUUGUGCAUGUAGAAUUGAAAAGUUGUGAUGAGCGGUCGCAAUUUGCCUACAUCACGUUCAGAGAUAAUCAAGGAGCAGAGAGGGAUAUGCUUCUUACGGGAGCGACUAUAGAAGAUAUGGCUGUCAUCAUCACACCAGCCAUCGAUUACAAGCUACCAGCGUUUGUUUUAGCUGAUCUAGAGUCAAAAAACACUGGUGGCAUGGAAUCUGCUCUUCAGAAGGCUGAGGAUAUUGCAGUUUCUAUGUUAGCCAAAGGGUUUGUUCUCGGCAUGGACGCAGUUGAAAAAGCAAAGGCUUUCGUUGAAAAGCAUCAGCUCACAUCAACUGCAACUGCCAAAGUCGCUUCCCUUGACAGGACAAUGGGCUUAAGCCAGAAGUUCAGCACCAGGACCUUAGUGGUGAAUGAGAAAAUGAAGGAGAUGGAUGAGAAGUACCAGGUUGCAGAGAAGACCAAGUCAGCAUUAGCUGCAACCGAACAGACUGUCUCUACUGCUAGUUCUGUCAUCAUGAGUAACAGGUAUAUCCUUACAGGUGCAGCAUGGGUAACUGAUGCCUACAACAAGGUUGCAACCACUACAACUGAUGCUAGCAAGUCGAUAAAGGAAAGGAUGAUGGCUGAGCAGGAGGGAGCCAAUCAGAGCGGUGAAACCGCAAAAGUUGAUUUGCUUGAAAUCUCUGAAGCGAAUGAGCAAGAGUGGAAGCGUCAUGAAGAUGACUCUACAAAGAACGUCGUUCAAGAAAGUCCUGAAAUGACUUGUUAG